UAUCAACCGGCUACCAUCGAAACGGUUAUAGUUGAUCGUUAAUUGAUAUUAUCUUGUUAAUGUGAAAUUUUCAUCGUCUUCAGCUCUAAAAGCAAUGUCUUCCAAGAUGUCAAAACAAAAGUACUAUGCUGUAUGUUCCUAUUCAGUCGAUAGUAACAGUGUAAACAGUCGCGUCAGAUAUUUAUUAUUUAAAUGAAGAGUAAUUAUUUUGAAGUUCAAAGGUGAUAAAUAAUUUUCGUUAAGCACAAUUUAAUUUAAAAAAAUGGACAUUUCAUAGUUAAUUUUUUAAACGAAGUUUGAUCCUUUGAUGUAUUCAAAUUCAAGCCAGUAUACACGACGAAUUAUUGCAUGCCAUCAACAAAAUAUUAAGUGAAAUAGUCAUGGAAAUAUUUAAUCGCAAAUCCAAUAAACGAGACCAGGUAAAUUCAUUGAACCGUCGAUUUCAUUGUGAUAUCUGUUCUAAUUCUUAUAGUCGAAAAGAUACUUUAAAUUUACAUAAAAAGAAACAACACCAAGAAACGUUACACUAUUGCGAUGAAUGUCAAAAUUCAUUCAUCAGACUGACAGAUUUAAACAGGCAUAAAUUGACAAAACAUAAUAAAGCAGACACGAGUGAUAUGAACGGUCAAGACGAAAAAUUGAUCGGGCAACCUUCUGUUAAAUUGAACGAUUUUUACUAUUGCGAUAUAAACAGUUUAAGCUCUGCACAGUUUAGUAUUUGUGACGUUUGCUGUAAAUCUUGUGUUAGCAUGUCUGAAUGGAUUGAUCAUAUGAAAAUGCAUUACGAACCAGCCAAAGUAAAAAAUAACAAUUGUUACUACAAAGAAUAUCCAAAGUUGUUUGGCGACGUGCCUUUGUUUGAUGAUGGAGAUUUUACAUGUGACAUGUGUGAUUUCAUGUUUUUAUCGCUAGAGGAUUUACUUGAACAUCAAAAAUGUCAUUAUGAAAUUACAUCAGGAAACAAUAAUUGUAUUUGUGAUUUAUCUUUUUGGUACAAACAAAGCCAAAAUAAAAAUAACCCAAAUAUUAGUAGGAAGUCGACUGUUAACAACCCGCUAGAAACACAUAUUAAAGAAGAGACUACGUCAAUUCAACCAUAUAGUUCCUCAGCAGAUACUCAAAACGAUUUUGCGGGCCAUGAAGGCAUACAAGUGUUAAAAAAGUUAUUUGUAGGUGGACAAACGUUCGAUUGUGAAUUUUGUCAAACAAUUUGUGAUAACCCCGAUCAUUUAGAUAUGUAUCGAUGGACGCACGGUGAUAAUUAUGGAUCUGAGGACGUGUAUGAAUGUUACGUGUGUAGUGAACGUUUUUCAGACAAAGUGAUUAUGAAGAUGCAUGAAAAUGAACAUAUCCAAAAAAUGAUAUUUUAAAUUUAUUCUCAAAAAAAAAAACAGCUAUUAAUAUUAUAUUAUUAUGUGUAUAUGUAUAUUUUUGUAUUUGUAUCUUUAAAAAAAAUAUUUUAAUUAAAUAAGAAUAAUAUUUUUUCUGCGUGAAGUGUAAUUAUUUACUAACCAUUGAUGGGUUGUGACCAAAAACUACCUACUAUGUAAGCUCCGACUUUGUUCUCAAUUUGUUCUCGUAGGGAAAUAUACAGAUUUGUGCAAUACUAAGUGGCUGUUUAUUCACAUAUUAUCGUUGCAACUAUAUAACGGAUAUUCGUACAAAUAUUUAUGGCAUACACAUUGUACACAAUUUA